UCCGGUCUUAAUAUUGCCCGUGACAGUGACUUAGCCACCUGCAUGCAUGCAUCUCUGAUGGAUGGUGGGCUCUUCUACGGGUAAGGGGGAGCCCACUGGGGCGCCUGCCGCUACUAUUGCUGUUAUUGCUGCGGUGAGAUUGCGCAACUGCAGGUUGAGUUGAGUGUGUUGGUUGAGUACUUGCAGCUUUGUACCUCGCAAACCUCAGGCUAAGUCGACGGGAACCCGCUCAACCGUGCCGAACCACCCCCCCAUUCCCCUCCCCAUACUUUCCCUUCGUACCCCGCCAUACCCGCCGUACCCCUCAUUCAAAUUGUUUGCCAAACUGCAAAUCUUUUGGGCCGUUAUCGGAACACGGGAGGGAAACCGAGGGCGAUGGAGCAAGUGGGCAGGUCCGGUCCAUGGGAGCGAGAGCAGGAAUUUCCCGGCAGACCCAGAGAUUACCUAGCCGUACAAGUCUGCACACAACCAAGAUGGCUUCGCAACACAAGGUGCUCAUGCUCGGCGCGGGCUUCGUGACGCGGCCCACCCUUGAUAUCCUCAGCGAUGCUGGCAUCCCCGUGACAGUCGCCUGCCGCACCCUGGCAUCGGCCCAGCAGCUGUCCGAGGGCGUCAACAAUGCGCACCCCAUCUCGCUCGACGUGACCGACGACAAGGCGCUGGACGCCGAGGUGGCCAAGCACGACCUGGUCAUCAGCCUGAUCCCCUACACCUUCCACGCCACCGUCAUCAAGUCGGCCAUCCGCAACAAGAAGAAUGUCGUCACCACGAGCUACGUCUCGCCGGCCAUGCUUGAGCUCGAUGCCGACGCCAAGGCCGCCGGCAUCACCGUCAUGAACGAGAUCGGUCUGGACCCGGGCAUUGACCACCUGUACGCCAUCAAGACCAUCGACGAGGUGCACAAGGAGGGCGGCAAGAUCCGUAGCUUCUUAUCCUACUGCGGCGGGUUGGCAGCCCCGGAGAACUCGGACAACCCCCUCGGCUACAAGUUUUCGUGGUCGUCGCGCGGCGUGCUGCUGGCCCUCCGCAAUGCGGCCAAGUGGUGGCACGGCGGCUCCGUCGUCGAGGUGUCUGGCAAGGACCUGAUGAACGCGGCCAAGCCUUACUUCAUCUACCCGGGCUUCGCCUUCGUCGCCUACCCGAACCGCGACUCGACCCCCUACAGGGAGCGCUACGCCAUCCCCGAGGCCCAGACCAUCGUCCGCGGCACCCUGCGUUACCAGGGCUUCCCGCAGGUCAUCAAGGUGCUCGUCGACAUCGGCUUCCUCGAGGAUGCGCCGCUCGACAUGCUGUCGCGCCCGGUGCCCUGGAAGGAGGCCACGCAGGCCAUCAUCGGCGCGCCUUCGUCCUCGGCCGCCGACCUCGAGUCGACCAUCCUCGCCAAGGCGACCUUCGAGUCGGACGAGGACAAGCAGCGCAUCCUGUCAGGGCUCCGCUGGAUCGGCCUGUUCUCGGACGAGGCCGUCACGCCCAAGGGCAACCCGCUCGACACGCUGUGCGCGACGCUCGAGCGCAAGAUGCAGUUCGAGGAGGGGGAGCGCGACAUGGUCAUGCUGCAGCACAAGUUCGAGAUCGAGCACAAGGACGGCUCGCGCGAGACGCGCACCUCGACCCUGUGCGAGUACGGCGACCCCAAGGGCUACUCCGCCAUGGCCAAGCUGGUCGGCGUGCCCUGCGCCGUCGCCGUCAAGCAGGUCCUCAGCGGCCAGCUGCAGGACAAGGGCAUCCUGGCCCCCAUGAGCUCGCGCAUCAACGACCCGCUGAUGAAGGAGCUCAAGGAGAAGUAUGGCAUUACUAUGGUGGAGAAGACCAUCUCGUGAGCUGUGGCCGCUAAGGCAGAGGGAAAUUUAAAAUAGAUGAUGAGUGAGGAUAGAUAAAAUGAUUCUCAUAUUCAAACUUUCUGUGAACGAGCGCUUCGGGGGCAUAUAUUCUCCAAACCAGCAUUAUUAUUUCACCCCG